AUGGGGGUGGUGGUGAUGGCCGCGAGGUCAUCGAUGAUUAGGCAAGAGCCGACGACCACCGCCGACCGAGGUAAAGCAUGGGAGAGGAUCCUCCGACGACCGGCCGGAUUGCACCCAAGGGAACCGACCUCCUCCUUCUCCUUCGAGCCUGGGGAUCUCAUCAGCGCCUUGCCGGACGCUGUGAUCCACCACAUCUUCUCGUUUCUGCCGCUCAAAGACAUCGUCAAGACCAGUGUCCUCUCCAGGCAGUGGCGGUCCACGUGGACCACCACCACCCACCUAGUCUUCUAUGGAUUCCGGCCUCGCAAUCACGUAGCCUGCUCCUCGGACUUCCGGUCCAUCCUCGACAGCAUCCUGAUCCAGUGCACCUCGCCUGCAACGAAGAGGUUCCACAUCACCAACUUUAAGUACGAGGCCGACCGCGCCAAGCUCGACUUCUGGCUCCGUUUUGUGGUGGGGUGCCGUGUGGAAGAUCUCUUCCUGGAGCUGAUCACCACCAAGUCGCGGUUCGUGUAUGUAGUGCGGCCGUUCUUGCAUUGCUCGAGUUGGUUGGUGCGCCUGGAAGUCAGUUGGUGCCGUUUCUCAUUGGGUACUACCACUAGGUUGCCUUGUCUCGAGUUCUUGUCGAUGGCAUAUGUGGAGUUGGAAUCAUCAGGGAAGUCCUGUUUUAGUGACCCUUAUGUUGCGCAGCUGCUGGGCUGCGAAGAACAUUGUAAUAAAUUCACCGAGUGUGAAACAGUUGGUGCUCACCGGUUUAUCUAA